GUUGGAGUCUCUGAUUCACAAACACCCCAACAUGAAGGCGGUGGUGAGCUGCGAGGUGGAGAGACUCAUGUUCCGACCCAACAUCAACCCCAAGGCUCAGUACUACGCCGUGUGCUUCCUCAGCCAAGUGAUGCUCAGCCACGACGAGGCAGAUUUAGCCGCCAAACUCAUCACCAUCUACUUCUCCUUCUUCCGCGCCUGCGUGAAGAAGAAGGACAUCGAGUCCAAGAUGCUCAGCGCGCUGCUGUCGGGCGUGAACAGGGCGUAUCCCUACGCCGGCUCCGGAGACGAGAAGGUGAAGGAGCAGCUGGACACGCUGUUUAAAGUCGUGCACCUGGUGAAGUUCAACACGGCCGUGCAGGCGCUCAUGCUGCUGUUCCAGGUGAUGGACUCGCAGCAGAGCAUCUCAGAUCGAUACUACGUCGCUCUGUACAGGAAGCUUCUGGACCCCGGUCUUUCUUCCUCUUCUCGUCACAGCAUGUUCCUGAACCUCCUCUAUAAAUCCCUGAAGGCGGACAUAGUGGUCCGUCGUGUGAAGGCGUUUGUGAAGCGCCUGCUGCAGGUCAGCGCCGAGCAGAGCGCCUCCUUCACCUGCGGAGCGCUCUUCCUCGUGUCCGAAGUGAUGAAGAGCAAACCGGCUCUCAAGAUCCUGCUGCUGGAGGACGGGAUUCCCCAUGUGAAGUGGUUACACACCACAUGA